CAGGGCGCAAGUGGUGGAUGCGGAUGGAAACUUAUACUUCGUAUUUGACAUCUUCACCAAAGUAGAGGCAUGCACUCAAAGCUAAAAUUCUAAAUGUGAUGCGUUCAGGCGACUGCGGUGGAGUCGAAGCUGACAGGUAUUUUUAUUCAAAGUUGAGAUCAUUUUUUACUGGCGUAUUGCGGCUAGGUGCGUUGCGCGCGGUGGUGCAGCUAACUACUCUGUUUCUCUAAAGAUUUCAAGGACACAGACUGAAAAAAAUACUUAUUCCACAGUAGGAAGUGACAACAGAAGUCACAAUGGCAGCUGUGGCACUCAAUGGAUCGAACAUAACAACGGGGAACUUUACGAAUCAGUUUGUUCAGCCGCCUUGGCAAGUUGCCCUGUGGUCGGUCGCCUACAGCUCCGUUUUGGCGGUGGCUGUGUUCGGAAACCUCAUCGUCAUAUGGAUCAUUCUCGCCCACAAACGAAUGCGGACAGUCACCAACUAUUUCCUUUUGAACUUGGCAUUUUCGGACGCAUCCAUGGCCGCCUUCAACACAUUAAUUAAUUUCAUAUAUGCUGCCCACGGAGACUGGUACUUCGGAGAGGCUUAUUGCAGGUUUCACAACUUUUUCCCCGUCACCUCCGUGUUCGCAAGCAUCUAUUCGAUGACUGCAAUUGCCGUUGAUAGGUACAUGGCCAUCAUCCACCCUCUGAAGCCACGACUGUCGGCCACAGCCACCAAGGUGGUGAUCAUGUGUAUCUGGGCGCUGGCUGUGGUGCUGGCCUUCCCCCUCUGCUUCUACUCCACCAUCCGCAUCCUGCCCCGCCGGACCAUCUGCUAUGUGGCCUGGCCCCGCAAGGAGGACGACCCCUUCAUGUUUCAUAUCCUUGUGAUGCUACUGGUCUACCUACUGCCCCUAAUGGUAAUGGGCAUCACCUACACCAUCGUCGGGGUGACACUGUGGGGGGGAGAGAUCCCGGGGGAUUCAUCUGACAACUACCACGGCCAGCUCCGGGCCAAGAGGAAGGUGGUCAAGAUGAUGAUCAUUGUGGUGGUGACCUUCGCCCUCUGCUGGCUGCCGUACCACGUCUACUUCAUCGUGACGGGCCUCAACAAGGCUCUGAUGAGGUGGAAGUCCAUCCAGCAGGUCUACCUGUCAGUGAUGUGGCUGGCCAUGAGCUCCACCAUGUACAAUCCCAUCAUCUACUGCUGCCUCAACAGCAGGUUCCGGGCUGGCUUCAAGCGGGCGUUCCGCUGGUGCCCCUUCGUCCAGGUGUCCAGCUAUGAUGAGCUGGAGCUGAGGGCCACCCGUCUCCACCCGGCCCGCCAGAGCAGCAUGUACACCCUGUCCCGCAUGGAUACCUCCGUGGUAGUGGUGUAUGACCCUGUAGACGGAACAAACAACCAGAACCAGGCCAGGAAGAAGAGCUACGUCAACCAGAGAAUGGAAAAUGGGCUUGGUUGCAAUGGGAACGGGGCCAAGGCUAAGGCAGGCUGCGCCCCCAAUGCUGAGGCUGAGGACUUCUCCUAAAGGAGGGCAUACUGGAUGCAGACACACGCUGUCAGGCAUGAGCAAACACACAGGCAUGUGUGUACAGUACAUGCAGAGACGGGUGGACAUUACAAACCUACAUACACGCGGUCCCUUGUCAAUACACACACAUGCAAACACACACUUUUCAAAGGGUUCAGAGAAUAUCGCUGAAAACACAUUUUAGAUGAGAAGCAGGAAUAAAUUGUCAAACAUAACCAUCAGAUAGCAUAUUGUUGUUCGGUCUGUAAUACUAUGAAAAUCACUGAAGUGUACUGUAUAUAAAACAUCCGUAAGAAAAAAAGAUUUACAAAAAAUGCCUGGCCAAGUAACAUCCUGAAUGCAAUGGCUACUGAGUGUUUAAAACAUGAUGAACACCUGCUCUUUCCAUGACAGACUGACCAGGUGAAUCCAGGUGAACGAUAAUGACCCCUUAUUGAUCCACUUCAAUCAGUGUAGAUGAAGGGGAGGAGAACGGUCAAAGAAGGUUUUUGCCGCGGGGGGUUUUUCCACGCUCAACGUUUCCCGCGUGUAUCAAGAAUGGUCCACCACCCAAAGGACAUCCAGCCAACUUGACACAACCGUGGGAAGCAUUGGAGUCAACAUGGGCCACCAUCCCUGUAGAAUGCGUUCGACACCUAGAUUCCAUGCCCCGAUGAAUUGAGGCAAUUCAAUAUUCGGAAGGUGUUCUUGAUGUUUUGUACACUCAGCUCCAAAAGUAUUUGGCCAGUGAAAAUGUGUUUGCUGUUUUGGCUCUGUACACCAGCACUUUUGGAUUUGAAAUGAUAUGAGGUUAACGUGCAGAUCGUCAACUUGAAUUUGUUGGGUAUUUUCAUCCAUAUCGAGUGAACCGUUGAGACAUUACAGCACUUUUAGAUUCUCUCUGCUACAGUAGAUACCAGAGAGAGAACAUUUUCAUAUAUCACAUAUAUCUUUAGGUAGUGUGUCCAUAGCUACCAUUUGUAGCAGUGUGUUUUAGCUGUAGUCUUAUGUGAUGUAUAGAAUGACUGGUCCCAUUUUAAACAAACUACAACCGACAAAGACUUCAUAUAGCAUACUAAAGUGUAGACUGUCAGCUUUAAUUUGAGGGUAUUUCCAUCCAUAUUGGGUGAACUGUUUAGAAAUGACAGCACUGUUUGAUUAUGCGCAAGUACCAUAACCCCUCAAAAAUGCUAACCUCCCCUGUUAUUGUAAUGGUGAGAGGUUAGCAGUAAUGGUGAGAGGUUAGCAUGUCUUGGGGGUAUGAUAUUUGUGCGUCUCUAACUUUCUCACUCAUCGUUGUUCACGAUUCAUUCAGGAUGAUCCAUAAUCAGUGUUUAGAAACGUAUUCUUAUUAACGAUAAAAGUGACUCCAAAAGGACACGAUACAUUACAUUGGGCACAAAACAAUCUGAAACACCACCGAAACAGUCUCAUCUCUAUAGAGCUGCUGCCUAUGCCGUCUGACAAAAUCACUAUUUUGUAGUUCUUCAACGUAAAUGAGGCAUACUUUGAUGACUGCUGAAUACCAACUAUCAAUCACUUAGAUCAUCUAUUUUUAGGUAGAUACCUCCGAAGCAACAGCUACUCUCUAUAUCCCCUCAUGAUUGCACAUUCUUCUGUCUUCAGUAGCAGGCUUAAAAGAAACACAGAGUGGACAAGUAGAUGAGCAAUGGCUUAUGGUCAUUGUAGUUAAUCACCACCUUUUAUGCACUAAACUAUGUGGAAUAUUGGCAUGUUGGAAACUACAACUCCCUACUAUAUUGCACAGUUGUGCAAUGUGCACAUUGAGCUCACAGAAAACCUCAGAAAUAAACGGAAUUCAAAUCAUUGAACUGACUUUGGUCAAUUAGUGGUUUUAGAAACUGAAAAAGAAUCUACAUCUCGGUUAAUUGCUCAGCACUACAAAUACUAAACUUGUAAGUACAUUUUUCCCACUGCUUUUGGUCCCCUAAAAUGGGAGGAGUAUGUACUGUACAAGAAGUGCUGUAAUUUCUAAACGAUUCACCUGAUAUAGAUGCACAUACCCCCAAAUUAAAGCUGACAGACUGAGUUUUAACGGCAUUGUCAUUGUAUCAUUUCAAAUCCAAAGUGCUGGCGUACACAGCCAAAACAGCAGAAAAUGUGUCCCUGUCGCCAUACUUAUGGAGCUCACUGUAUAUAACAUAUUGUAUAUUACGAAAUACUGUAUAGAUUUGAAACAAUGUACAGAGUUCAUGUGAAGAGCGACAGCAUGCUACGUCAUCAACGUAUUGUUUACGCAAUAAUGUUGGCCAGUAUUCCAUUUUACAAUGAUGUGCUGGGGGGGAAACAGGCAGAAUCCAUGCCUCGCUGACGACGGUUCUUCUGUAUGCACGUUCCGCAUUGAGCUGAAUGAUCCUUUCAUCACACACACACACACACACACAUACACACACACACACACACACAUACACACAUACACACAUACACACACACACACACACACACACACACACACACACACACACACACACACACACACACACACACACACACACACACACACACACACACACACACACACACACACACACACACACACACACACACACACACACACACACACACACACACACACAGCACGGUGGGAGAUUUACAAUUAACAUGCCAUGGAGGGGCCCAUAAAAUACACACGGACACCUCGGAGUACACCUAAACAUUCCCUCCUUUGAUCUUUUGCUUACGGAGCUAUGAUUGAAACACUGGGCUUGCCGUGUUAGUUUCUGGGUCAUGCUAUUGUAAACUGUAUAGGCUAGACGACCGUGUGCCAGAUCCUCAUGUGCCGCUCUAACAUCAGCACAUUUGAUUGACCUGUGUUUUAAGAUAUAGGCUUGCUAGAUACCAGAGAGAGAACAUUUUCUGGAGCAACCGAUAUCUUUACGGUAGUGUGUCCGUAGUUACCAUUUGUGGCAGUGGCUUUUAGCUUUAUUCUUACGUCAUGUAUAGAAUGACUGGUCCCAGUUUAAACAAACUGCGACUUUUUAUAAAGGCUUCAUAUGGCAUACAUACGGUCUUCGUAAGCACGGCACAGAUUCUACGGCACGGCACAGACUGUCAAGUCUUAUGUCAUGUAGUUACAUCCUGUAUAGAAUGACCAACGUAUCCGUCUAUCCCUCCAUUAUGCCCCAGUUGUAACCUCUUUAGCCACUUAGUGAUUUCCAAUGGAAAAAACUGUUGAUUAAACGCGCCAGUAAGAAAUAUCUUUGUUAAUUGACUUUUGAUGGCAUGCCAUCGCUGCAGUGAAUCUGGUUUGAUUACCAAAUGGUCCCUCAACUUUUUUUCCCCCAUAGUCCCGUGCGUGUGCAAGUGCGUGUCCUUGUGUGUGAGUGCAUGUGAGAGUACACGUUUGUGUGUGUGCGUGUUAGGUGUUAGUGUGUAUGCACAUUGUUUUUCCUCCAUAGUCCUACAUGGUCAACAUUAGGCCACCAUUGGCAACAAAGCAAACUAACGACCACACAAAUGUGCACAUAAAUAACUAGCUAAUUGUUUAUUUAAAGCGGCGUCAUUGAUCUGAAUCCGAAUGGUUAGAACAGCGUAAAUAGAUGCCCAUUUGUUACUGCUAAUGUUUUAAAGCAGUGUCCAUGUUUUUCUAUGUUUGGGUAGCUUUGUGGUUGAUACACGCUUUCAAAUAGGAAAACACGUGCAGGGAAAACUGAUGUGGAAUGGAAUGAAAGUAGCAGAUGACAAUUGCUCGUCUUUGUUUUUUAGCUGCCCACCUCCUUUUAUUUUGCCUUCAUAUUCCCAUUGAGAAUAACAUCACCUCCUGCUGCAUUGUACGUACAUAUAGUACUGUAGCUUUGAAAGAAAUGGCCACAAUGAGGUUUUUAUACGAUCACAGUGUUUAGAUGUGUGUGUGUGCAUGUGCCCACGGAGCAGAGUUUUCAUGAUCACUGUGUGUGUGUGUGUGUGUGUGUGUGUGUGUGUGUGUGUGUGUGUGUGUGUGUGUGUGUGUGUGUGUGUGUGUGUGUGUGUGUGUGUGUGUGUGUGUGUGUGUGUGUGUGUGUGUGUGUGUGUGUGUGUGUGUGUGUGUGUGUGUGAAUCUAGAUGUCAGGUAAAGCCUUGGGCCAUCAAUUAGAGGGGUGGUAUUUCUCCCCUGUGUGUGUGUGUGUGUGCUUGCGUGCAUGUACUAUAUAUAUGUGUGUGUAAUCCUUCUGGGUUUAAAUCAAGUGCUGGCACUAGCACCAGGCGUCUCUUCAGCCUUUUGUCUUGUUUGGCUCGACACUCCAACAAGAGAAUAACCACGUUUGGUUUAGGGUAUUUCUUCCCCUGACCAACGAGCCAUGUUCUACCCAAUAGCCCAGCGCAGUAUGAAGACAUUACAUACCAUAGCUCAGGUUCCACGGCUGUCUGAUAGAGGGUCUCUAGGGGUGUCUUCUGCCAACUCCCUCAUGGGGCAAAGAUGAUUCAAAGCCUGAUGCACCGGUCUUACCUUGGCCCCCCAAGGCCCUUGUAUUCGGUGAAGUGUUGUAUUUUGUCACAGUUUGAAUUGAAAUGUAAUGGGUUUUUUUCUCCAGAUGACAGACUACCCACCUGUGGCCCUCAGCUUGACUUAAAGAUAACAUGAAAAUAACAGCUGUGUGGAUGGAGAAGAAAAAAACAGCCGGUAGUAAAGGUAACAAACUGUAGACACAACGAGUCACAUUCAAUAGCGUUAUCAAAUAUCAGUGGGGUUGCAUCGCUGUGACAGGCUGCAUCACAAGUGACGGAAUGUACUUAUUUAGUGUAAUACUUGAGCAUGAUACCUCAUUUUAAAGCAGUGCAUUUAUGCAAUAAAAUGUGAGGAUUGGAGUCAUUCUAGAAAAUGCUAUGGUAAUACAGAGGCAGGAAUUUGGCACGAUGUUGUGACGGCAGAGAGCAGAUUACUCGAAUGACAUUAAGAGCAUUAUAACUUUGAUCAAAGACAUUUUCUAGAUGUUCUUUUCGUGACACGCACUUUCAUGUGCUUAUUUUGACAUGAGCUAAUGUGACCAUUCGAUUUGAUAGGGAUGUGAAUGCAUAUAUUACAGUGAGAUCAGGCUAGAUUCAGUUUAAUAUCGCCAUUCAUCUUCUCUGCGAGGAUUCCUUCCAACGUUUCCCUAGACGUGAAGUCAACACGGUCUUACCAGAAUAUGUGAAGAUAGUGACGUUAAACCGUUGUAGUUUUAUGCCACUUAAGCUUUUGUAUUAGUUGUAAUAUCACUUACAAUGACAUGACUUACCUAAUCUGAUGUAUUACUUGUGGGUCACUUAUUGUUCUAAUGUCAUUGUAAAGACGCCAUUGUCUCAGAGUAGGGACAGGUUGUCGUAAUGUUCUAUAACGUCAACAUUCUGACAUAUUUCUAAUGGAGGUGUGUCUGGUGUAGUGUUGCUGGGGUGUGCCAAUAGAAUGUUCUAUAACGUCAACAUUCUGACAUAUUUCUAAUGGAGGUGUGUCUGGUGUAGUGUUGCUGGGGUGUGCCAAUAGAAUGUUCUAUAACGUCAACAUUCUGACAUAUUUCUAAUGGAGGUGUGUCUGGUGUAGUGUUGCUGGGGUGUGCCAAUAGAAUGUUCUAUAACGUCAACAUUCUGACAUAUUUCUAAUGGAGGUGUGUCUGGUGUAGUGUUGCUGGGGUGUGCCAAUAGAAUGUUCUAUAACGUCAACAUUCUGACAUAUUUCUAAUGGAGGUGUGUCUGGUGUAGUGUUGCUGGGGUGUGCCAAUAGAAUGUUCUAUAACGUCAACAUUCUGACAUAUUUCUAAUGGAGGUGUGUCUGGUGUAGUGUUGCUGGGGUGUGCCAAUAGAAUGUUCUAUAACGUCAACAUUCUGACAUAUUUCUAAUGGAGGGGUGUCUGGUGUAGUGUUGCUGGGGUGUGCCAAUAGAAUGUUCUAUAACGUCAACAUUCUGACAUAUUUCUAAUGGAGGUGUGUCUGGUGUAGUGUUGCUGGGGAAUGCCAAUAGAAUGUUCUAAGCCUUUAUGAAAGAAUGUAAAGAAACGUUAGAGACGUUAUGAUUCAAGAAUGUAAAGAAAUACUGUAUUUGCGUCGUGUAUUUCAUUACGUGUUGUCAGAGUGUGUUUUCGCUACAGUUUUUAUCAUUCAAUGGCAAAUCAAGCUUUUCAUCGAUACUCCAAGUGUUUUGAUACAGUGUUGGUAUUCAUUAAGAUAUGGUUUGAUACAACAAGAAGCAAAAUACAGCAACAAACGGGGGGGGGGAAUGUUGUGAUGUCAGUCGUCCUUUGUAUAUUUGUGUUGCUGAAGACAAUGUUUUAGGUUUAAUGUAUAACUAAUGGUGCCUCUAUCAAAUGGUAGGUCUUUUUGCUUUGCAGCUGUCCAGAUUUAACUGAUUUGAUAACACUUACAUGUAAAGGGCCCUGAAUAAGGAUAUACCACAGGGUAAUCAGUCAUCACACCUUCACAGUGCUAAUGGCAGCAGACAGUAUGCAACAAACUCCCAGUUGACCAAUGCUGCGUAGUGACUUAACAUUGGCAUAAGAUAUUAUGAAUGUUCAUGUAGUGCUUAUAAAGUUGUAAUAUGAUGCUUAUGCAUGUGGUACAAAGUAUUUCUGCUCAACCUCUUCUAAAGUUAGUUUUAUAUGGGCCAGUUUCGUGUACCCAGAUUGUGUUUAUUAAUGGACUCAAAAUGUGCUUUGAAUAGGCUUAAUCUAGGUAUGUGAACCCAGCCUGCACUAAACAGUAUUGUUCUGCUAUCAAUGUACAACAUUCGGUCUUAGCUUAAUGUCAAGGGUCUGUCUAUGGUCUUAUCGUGAAUGUUUACAUCUACACAACCAAAAAUAUCGAAUUUACAACACUUUAUUGUAAUUCAUUCCAAAUUGAAGAAACAUACACUUGGAAAAUACUGUUUGCUUAGAUUGAAAAGUGUUUAUGAGUUACAUGUACAUUUACAAGCAGGAUAAGAACAGUGACAAGCAGCAUAUGUAUAACUUGCAGUGUUUCACAGUGUUAACAGUAGCACAGGCCCUUCCAAUUUAAGACGUGUGAUCAUAAAUCAAUACAUUCAAUUCUGUACAUUGUGAACAGUUUUGUGUUAGUUGUUUAUGACCAACUGGUGGAGUUUUGGUUGACUUUCGUCACAACAUGGACUUUGUCAUUGUCGAUGGAAAGUGAUCCUGUAAAUAAAAUAGUUUUAUGUUCUUUA